CCCAAAUAGUUUUUCCCAAAGUUUUCUCUUUGCCCGGCUUUUUUGUCAGAGAAGAAGCCAUCGCUUGGAGUUCGGAGGUUUCUCCGGCUUGAUCUCUUCUUUUAGUGACAAUUCGAUACUGAGUAUGGCGGAUGAUGAGAAGGGUGGAGAGGGGAAUGCUUCCCGUGGAGCUGAUUGGGAAGUUGUUUCUCUGACUGCGUCAACAUAUGCCGCAGCACCUGGUCCUGAAGGAUUUCGAUCACCUGAUGAGAGUAGGGAUUUGGAUUUUGAUAAGAAUGAACAUCAACGUGCUGAUCCAUUGUUUAUGUCUGGUCACUUUGUUUUCCCACCUAGCGAACAUGAGAAUCUUCCAAUAGAAAAUUAUGGCGAUGAAAUUCAAGAUGAACCUAGUGGUGAGGAUAUAGCCUCUGUUUUGGAGGAAGACGAAAACCAUGGUAAAGGAGCUGAUGAGAAUUUGAAGUCUAAAACUGAUGAGAGCUUGCAAGGGAUUCAGAUGUUUGAUUCUGGAGAACAGGUUUCUGUUCACCACAUGGAAUUUGGAGAUAGCAAGUCAUUGCGUGGGUUAAGCUUUGUUGGGAAAGAGGACAUUUUGUACAGUUCUUCUGCAUUUGGUGCUCUACACAGUGAAACAGAGAUAAGCAUGUCCGACCCUUGUGAUGAGAGUGCCGAUACCGUCGAGUCUAAUGAUCCUUCUCUGGAUGCUGAUGCUUUAAAGCUGGAUAAACAAAAUAAAAAUAAUGGUUCUGGCCUACCUUGUGAAGCAUGGUGGAAAAGACAUGCUGCAUCUUGGUAUAACCAUGCGAAAGAAGGGAGUACAUUUUGGUCUGUUUUUGUAGCUGCAGCUUUGAUGGGGCUGGUGAUUUUGGGGAAGCGUUGGCACCGGGAGAAUUUGCAACUCCAACAACUUAAGUGGCAAUUCAACAUAAAUGCUGAGAGGAUGAAGUGGAUGACAGCACCGAUAAACCGCUUCAAAGACAUACUGGUUGGCAGUCACCAACGAAGCCUCCUUGUUCGUGCCGAGGCCUUGCCCAACCAUCAAGUUCUUUAAUUACACUACCCAUGAUGAUGAUGACGAUGAUGAUGACGACAAUCAGAAAAAACUCAUAAGAAAAACUCUACUCUAGCUUUCAUCUUAUGUAAAUAUCCCUAUAGUGACCAAACCUUCCUUGUUUGCUCUCUCAUCAUGGAUAUGGUUUGUGUUAAGUUGAGAUAUUUGAAAUACAAUCUUCCUGUUUCAUAGAUUCAUUGAUCUUGUUCUCUUACAAAAUCAAAACCAGAUGAUGAUAUGAAAGUUAUGAAGUCAAUGCUCCAUUUUCAUGUA